AUGGCACUGCAGAGAACCAGAGCUCGACACGGCCGCAUUACGACGCAACCCGGCUCAAAUCCGAAGAGAUGGAAUAUAGAGGAACUUCGGAAAUGCGGUGCUAUAGGGACCACAGAGCUGCGACGUCUCAAUCUGCGAGGCAAAAUCCAUCCGGUAUUUUUGAAUUGGAAAGAUGCCAAUCAAGAACUGCGUAGAGAAUUGAAGCAGCCGCUCCUCCUUGCGAGUCGACUCCUAGAGGCCGCAGGACUGCCCUGGGCCUCUGAUUUCCUCGCCCACGACGUCUUCGUAAAAGGCUACCCCGGCCGGAAACCAAGCUGUCGCUGCAGCUUCACACAUUCUACCGCUGCUCGCGUAGAUGAUAAUGAGGCGGCGCCACGGACUAUCGUGAGACACCACCGUGCUCCAUGGGCCUCGUCGCAGCUUAAAAGCAGAUGGACACGUGACGCGGAGAGCAAGCUUAAGGGCGAGAUGUCGAAUUCCUUAAGGUGGGAACUAGACGAAGAUAUGUUCCGUGAGCGUGGAUGGGCCGGGUACACUUGUCGACAUCCACGAAACGGACAGGCGUUGGAUGAGCUUGAUAAGUACGAGACUAUACGGCGGUGGGAUAAGAAAUGCGAGAACCGACGGCACCGAAACUUGUCGAUUCUAGUCACGGCGGAGUUCCCCAAGCGUUUGGCACAGUUGAGAUGCGAGGGGAAGGAACAGAGCGAAGAAUAUCUCUUAACAGCCUUCAUGACGGCCGUUACGCUCUUACAUGAACUCGGCCAUGCCAUUUACUGGAAGGACUGCCGGGCUCUCACGCGGGAUCUGCCCGAGCCCUUUUACGGCGCCGACCUUGAGAUGGAACUAGGAGAUAGCUUCGUCGCGUCUAUCUUUGGCGGUUGGAUACCGGUGCAGAUUAUACACCCAGGUACCCGGUUAAAAGAGGGCUUGGACUUCUCGGCCGGCAUCGCUUGGAAACAGGUGCUUAGUUGGGACUUCCACCGUUUGCGACCGAAACACCGCGCUCACUACUCGAUACCCGUCGACUACGUAUCUCGCCUAUUCUCCGAGGAAGACUGGCUGGCAUCGCGCAAGGAUCUUCGAAGGGCCUUGAUCCGACCACAGGCGCUAGAGCCGGCUCUCGAGGGCGUCGGCGUAUGCCCGGAAGUCGCCGCAGGGGGCAAGCACGCGACGGCUACGAUCGCGGACUUCCACUUCACCGGGCAAGGCUGGGUGUGGAACCGGCGAACCGGGGCACGGUUCCGCAUCCCGCAGUACGACGGCUACCUAUGUCCAGACCUCGACCUCCCCAUCGCCACCGACGACGUAAUCGAGGAACCAAAACCACGGCCCCAGCUUAAACCAUCCCCUAUGCCGCCCAUGCUUCCUCUUCCUCCCCCACCACCAACAAUGAUAACGCCAAACAAGAGCAUCAUCCCCUCUAGCUCUCCUACUAUCCAGUUCAAGUUGGAUAUGUUCCCGCAGCCCCCGCGGAAGCCCGCUCCUACAGCCAGAAAAAAGCCAGAUUUAGUGCGCGAACACGGCGAUAGGCAGACGAAGAAGCCAACACCUAAUGGACCCGUAAGAGUUGCCGAGGAGAAGCACUUGUUGAGCCCGGAUACGUCUGAGAUCUCGCUAGAUGAUCUGCGGAACCGACUAUCGCAGCUCCUAGGAGUCUCAUUCGACGAGCUUGAGAGGUUCUUUGAGGCUUCGUAG